CGAAUUCAUCGCCACCAGAGCAUAACUGCGCUGCGUCCCUCCAUCGUUCCGCCUUCUCUGCUUCUCCCUCUUCCUCUUCCUCUGUUCCAUCAGAAUUUCAGACGAGCAUCUACUGCUGACUGACUGACUAUGUUUCCCUUCCCCAUCUCUUUUCCAAAACCCUAAACACUAAUCAUCAUUCUCCUAAUCCCUACAAUGUUGCUCACUUCUCAGCAGCAUCUCUUCGUCAACUCACCACCACAAACAGCCACUUUCUGCAGUAACACCUCCGCGGCCAACUCCCUCAAUCUCUCCGUCAAGCUCCCCAAUCACCGCCCUCCCCUCAGCUCCCGCUGCCACCUCGUCGGCUACAAAACCCCGCCGCCGCCGUGGAAUCUUAAUGUCAGAGUUCGAAAUUUCAGCCCCUUCGCAUACGGCUCCGACGGCGCAAUAACCGCGCCGAGCAGCGCCGACGGCGGCGUGACUCUCGAUGCUUGUCUUGCAAUCGCGGAGUUCUUAUGCAUCUUCUCGUCGGCGAUUGUCACGGUGAGCUACGCGGUGAACUGUACGGUUUUGAGCGGGAGAAGGACGGUGUUGGGGGUGAUUGGGAGCAAUGGUGCGUUCGCGUGGGGGGUGCUGCUGAUGCUAAGCGGCGUGGUGAUUGGCGGUUGGAUAAGGCGGCGGCAGUGGAGGAGGAUUUGCAAGGAAUCGGUGCGGGAAGGUCGAGAUAGUGUGAAUUUGCUCGAGAGAAUUGAGAAGUUAGAAGAGGAUUUGAGGAGUUCUGCUACCAUUGUUAGGGUUUUGUCCAGGCAGCUUGAGAAGUUGGGGAACCGGUUCCGGCUUACCAGGAAGGCUUUGAAAGAGCCUAUAGCUGAGACUGCAGCUUUGGCUCAAAGGAAUUCUGAGGCAACCCGCGCAUUAGCAAUGCAAGAAGACAAUCUCGAAAAGGAGCUUGGUGAAGUUCAGAAGGUUCUCCUUGCAAUGCAGGAGCAGCAAGAAAAACAACUAGAGCUGAUUCUUGCAAUUAGUAAGGUUGGGAAACUAUUGGAAACUAAGCCAGAACGUAGGCCGCAACAAGAUGUGGUUAAAACAUCUCAACUGAGUGAAGGAGUAAAACAAUUGGAUGCCCAUGAACCUCUAGUGUCUGGUGCAAGAAAGGGAACCAACAGCGACACAUCAUAGCUACGGAAGGCAUCUUCAUUUGGUAAAACUUGCGUAUGAAGUGGGCAGUGGUUUGGUCUUUGGAUGAGUUGCAGUAUCUAUCCCCUGGAAUUUUUGACCUGUCAUAGUAUCCGAGAGUUCAAUUCUACCUGGUGCAACUCCCCGGUAUAGCUUCUCCAAAUGACAACAGUCGGCUUCUACAUCUACCAUUUUCAUUAACAGCCUGGAACGUGGUGUUCGUGAAUUCUUGGUUGAACCAUUGAGACCAAAUUUGUUCGUUUUGCUAAGCCCCCUGUUAAUGUAAUUUGGGAAAGGUAGUCUAUAUUUUGAGUUACAAAGUGCAGCUUCUGUGGAGAACUAUCCUGGAACGAAGUUUUGAUUGCCAACUUUCUUAAGUAGGAUAGAAAGUCAAAGCAAAGGGAAAGGUGGAAAGAUUAACAAGUUACUAUCAGAGCCCUUAUAGUGUGCUCUAUAGCACCCAUGCUAUAAAAAAGGUGACCUGUUGAGGAGGUAAACCCACUAAAUGACUGGUCCCACAUCAUUAAUGGCAAUCUUGUAAAUAAUGAAUCAAUGUAUACAAGUGUAGGUACAAAUUAGAGUUGUACCAUAUCGUAUAGGUACA